AAACCGCUUUCUUUUCCAAGCCUUUGUCUUUCUCUCUCUCUCUCUGUCUUUUCUUCUCCCUUAUGGUUAGGGUUUCUCAAGCGCGUCUGCUUCGCCUAUAAAUAUUUAUAUAAAACAAAAAAAUAAUGUUGCAGAAAACCCCUCCUACUCUCUGCAAAUUUUCCGAUUCCUCCCUCUUAGAACUUUCUAGGUCAACCAUGGAUUGAUUCAGCUUAUUUCUUGGGGUGGCGGUACUGGAAUGGAAAUGUAUAAUGUUCCCGAACAUGCGAAUGAUGAGGUUUAUAUGAUUCAAGGCAUGGAACAAAACCUGCAUUUUACAACUCCCUUUGAACAAGUUGAAGCUAUGUACAAUGAAGGAGCCCCUGAGUAUGUUGUUGAUCAGGGCUUGUAUUAUCCGGCUGCCACCAACUAUGGGUAUUACUGUACAGGAUUUGAAUCACCCGGUGAAUGGGAGGACCACCGAAGGAUUUUUGGCGUAGAUGGUCCGGAUAUCCAGUACACGGGUGCACAAAAUGAAAGUUUGCCUUUUGUAUAUUAUACACCUAGCUAUGGAUAUGCACAGUCUCCAUACAACCCAUACAAUCCUUACAUACCUGGUGCUAUGAUAGGCGUUGAUGGCCAACAGUAUUGCACCAUCCCCCCUUAUCAAAACUCUGUCUCUUCACCUGCUUAUAUCCCUCAUGUUGUUCAACCUGAUGUCGUUCCCAAUAGUUCACCUGACUCAUUGUUUGAUAAUGGAACAUCAAUUAAUAGACCUGAUGGAAGAGGGGUCAAAUAUAACUUAAAUUCAGCUUCUGGAGGCUUCCCUAACACCCCCAAGUCCUCUGCAAAUCAGAUGAGUCCCUUGACAAAGGUAUCAGAAGGUUCAAGAGGUAAUGGACCGAGCAAGCAUGCUGUUACACAUGGCAGUGUUGUGUCUGGUCGUUUUUCAACCCCAGCCUCAUCACAUGUUCAUCAGGUUAGAAGUGCAUCCGGCUCAAUUUCGCCUGUGGAUAACCUUCCAAAUGGGAAAGUUUUGCCUAAUCAUAAUCAAUUGAAGGUCGAAAUCCCUGUUGGUAAUGGCUUGUCAAACUUCGGAUCUAUUGCUCAAGGACGGGGUGCCGUGGGUAAGCUUCGGCCAAAGUUUAAUGUUGGCAGGGCCUUGAAUGAUGUACAUGGUGGCCUAGAGGCUUUGGGUGAGCAGAAUUGUGGUCCUAGAAUCAAUAGGUUAAAAAAUCAAAUAGCUGUUAAAGCCUACACGACUAAGGCAGGAGAUUGUAAUGCUCAAGGGAACAUCAUUAUUCGUACUGAUCAGUAUAACAAGGAUGAACUGCCUGUUGACUAUGUGGAUGCAAAAUUUUUUGUAAUAAAAUCAUACAGUGAGGAUGAUGUUCACAAGAGCAUCAAAUACAAUGUUUGGUCAUCCACACCCCAUGGCAACAAGAAACUCAAUAGUGCUUAUGAAGAUGCCCUAAGAAUAGCUGCUGGAAAACCUAGAGGCUGUCCUAUAUUCCUUUUCUUUUCUGUUAAUGCAAGUGGUCAAUUCUGUGGCGUCGCAGAGAUGGGUGGCCCGGUUGACUUCAACAAGGAUAUGGACUUUUGGCAGCAAGAUAAAUGGAGUGGGAGCUUCCCUGUUAAGUGGCACAUCAUUAAAGAUGUGCCAAACACCAGUUUCAGGCACAUCGUAUUAGAGAACAAUGAAAACAAGCCGGUGACUAAUAGCAGGGAUACACAAGAGAUCAUGUAUAAGAAAGGCUUGGAGAUGUUGAAAAUAUUCAAGAAUCACACAUUGAAGACAUCUUUACUUGAUGACUUUAUGUACUAUGAAGAGCGUCAGAAAUUCAUGCAGGAAGAGAGAAGCAGGUUACUUGUAAGAAGUUUUGAAAGUCCAUUUCUAGUAACGGGUUUGGGUCCCCCCCGCAAGCUAAACUCUGUGGGUGAUGAUGCAAACAACUCGAAAAAGACUCUUGUCCCUUCUUCUGCGCAGGUUUCCUCUAACUUUGGUGUUACAAACACAAGUAUUACAAAUGGAAAUGCUGAGAAAAAGGCACCUGAAGCAAAAGAUGAUGCUGUAUCUACCUUAAAAAUUGGUUCACUCACUAUUAAUCGAAAGCAGGUGGACUCAAAAUCUUCAGCUGCUGCUGCUACUAACGCCAAAAGCUUUGAUGUUGUUACCGUAGGCUCAAUGCCUGUUAGAGUUAAUGGAUUUGCUGAAUCCUUGGGUAAUUUAACAGUUGGAACUAUCCCUCUUGAUCCUAGAGCAUUACAACUAGAGGAUGGUUCUCUUAUCAAAAAGGGGGAUCAACAGAAAUGAUUCAGAAGUAAAUCUCAGUUUUCUUUUGUUGGUGCUAUUUUGUGUCUUUGGCGGGUCCAUCGAAUACUGGGUUUAUGAUACUCAGUCAUGGUUAUAGGCUUUGAUAAAAAUGGAAUACUCACUCCGAUCUGAUAUUGUCUCUUUUGUUUUUCACCCCCAUUAUUUAGUUCUUUUGCUCCAGUUGUUUCAGGUCCGUACCUUAGUUAUAUCCUGGGCUUUUUUUUUUUGGAGGGGUUUGUUGCUCAAGUCAAUUGGAAAUACAGUUUGAUAUUCAAGAAUGAAAGAUACAAAGAAAUUUCUGUUAUUAGCAACUAACAUAUCUGUAAGGGCUUGUUUGGUACGUCGGAUUGUACUGAUUAAUUUCCAUCGGAUAGUAUUAAUUUGUUCCGGAGAGUACUGACUAUU